CGGUCUUCGGCAAAUAGUCAGUCUCGGAGCAUACGCGUACGGCGCUGGACGUGUAAAACGCGUUGUUUGGUCAUCUGGUGUGGCCUAACAUGUGUAAAUCCCUUUUUCCGAAAGGGUUAGGGAAACUGUUUGAAUUGGGUUUUUGGUGAACUAAGGUUGGCAAGCAUAAAAAAAUAGCAACCAUCAUCAAGCUUCCCAUCCGUAGUGCAGUGAAUAUUUGACCGUUCGGCAGUCUCAAUCUCUGAGGGGCAGAUUGAUUGCAAGCUAUUUUCCAUUCCAUAAAGAAGCAAAGGGAAGCUUUUAUCUCGUCGUCGUGUGAUCGGGUGGUUGGUUUGUAAGACGUAAAUUAAAAUAUUUCUUCGGAGUAGCGUAUGCUCGUAGCAGUCGAUUCUGUCUCCAUCUGUCUGCUAGCUUUAGACCGAUCCGUUUGUGUAUUGUGGUGCCUUUUUAAGGGCGAUUGGGAAGUGUGUAUAUGUGUGUAGAUUAGUUUUGUGAAACAUUUUUGCAUUGUGGUUUAUUGGUGUUGUCUUAUGUAUUGUUUCUUGUUUUGUGUGAAAAUAAAAAUGAAACCAAUCAAAGCUUAUCGAAAUGAAGAAAGCAACGUCACAAUAGUAAAAAUUAAGACACACAUGAAGCCAAGAAUAGCAAAUGGGCGGUGGUAGUGGUAAUAAAUCAGGUUCUGUUAGAACGAAAGGUUUAUUCAAUCCAUUACACGAGACACAAGCUACAUAAGGAAGCGUUGGAUAGAAACGUGUCGAAGAAGAUAAAUCCGCACCCACAGGAAGUUCAAGUGUAUCAGUGUGUCAGUGCUAAAGAGAAGAGAAGAACAAGGAUGAUUAACCUUCCGAAAUUGGGGAUGCCAUCUUUAUGUGCAAGGACGCUGCUGUCAAGGAAGUACGUUGAUCUUAUUUCCUCCAACUACAAACGAAACAAUUGCGUCCAAGGUGUUCAGGCGUAUAUCGACAGCGUUUGUUUGUGUGGGUAGGUUGUGAUACUUCCAGAUUCGUGCGUGAAAACUGUUUCCCACUUGGCGCCAAUAUAUUCCGUGACGUUUGAUUGAGUCCGUAGGGGUAAAUAUUUUGUGUCGGAAGGUUUGAUUGAGCUAUUUUCAACGGAAGCCACGUCAAGAAGGAUGCCGCAAGGCAGAACAUCCAGAGUCUAUCCAACCAUCCCAUUGGUGUGAGGAUGUGAGUUGGUAAAGCAUUUCAGUACGUGCCUAAACAUGGGCCAUAAUAGAUCGCUUACUUCUGUAGCACAGAAAAGGGAAAAAGACGUAAUGUAAGUGGCCAAAAACCGAAAACUCAUCGCUUGAAAAGGAUUACUCGGUUCCGUUAAGAUGUGCUGAUCGUAAGAUUUCAUUUGAUAAAUGCUUCACAAUGAUGGUACAGCAUUAGUGGAAGGUUACAUAAAUAGGUAAUUAAUCAAUAACGUGCAUCCGACGUGAUUGUUGGCAAACAAGAAGAUGGUUUUAAGGAAGGAAGUAACAUUUGUUGCUGAUUUUGUAUCUCUUCCAAACGAUUUCGUUCGCUUUGUUGUAUAAAACUGAUUGGCAUAAGCGUGAUUAACAUGUCAUGCUCUAAUUUUAUAGCUUUGAGACUUAAAAAACUUUUAGUAAGUAACGGUAAAAAAGUAACAAACAAACAAAAUAAGUUUAAUAAAUAAGUCAACAAAAAACAAUAUUAUAAAACAGAACAACUUUAAGAAAUGUAAAAUUAAUAACAACAAUACGAUAACAUAAAACAAAGUGCCAUAAUUUGCCAUCAUGUCUUUAUCACAAUGCGCUGUUUACCACUUAGGAGCAACAAAAAACAGAAUGAAAACCAAAUAAAUAACCAAAACAGAUGAUUAUCGCAUUAAGUGGGUGUGAAACAAGUGGUUGGAAUUAAUUGUCACGUGGAUAAAUUGGAGAGCCAAAAAAAAAAGAGCCAAAGGGAAGCAAACAAAAAAAACAAACACCCCAAAACAAAACAUAAACACGCAUUUCGAACACACGUACAUGUUGGUAGCAAAGAGAAGAAGAAAAAAAAAACACAACAAAUCAGAAAAAAGGGAUAAAGAACGAGUAUUUUCACAGUGAGAAAGAAAGUGUUGGUGUGUGUAUGUGUACGUCUGGACAGAAGAGAUUGUGCGUUAGUUUGUUUGUGUGUGUUAAUUUACGUGUUUCGUGCAACGGAAACGUUCCGCCCGACCGGAAGUGAAUAUUUUCUCACCCGUCGCUUCGCAUAACCCUUGUGUGUUGUUUUGUUGUUGUUGUUGUGAGCAAUAUCGAAAGAAAUCCGUGACAAGGCAAUAUAAAAGAAAUUGGAAUACGAGGACACGUGGGUUUGUAAUUGGCAGCGGUCCGGUCACGAGCUUCCAGCUUCAAACUCAAACCACUUCAAACGGGCUGUAACUGGGCCUUUCGAAUUAGCAGCAUCUUUCUACAAUCGGUUCCUGUUCGGACGAUAAUGGGCGUGAAUAAGAGCAAAAGCUCAUCCCCAGCAUGUGGUCCACACGUCGUUUGGAGAGGAAGAAUCAACUUGGGUCGCGUGUGAAAAUGGAAGCGAUGUGUCACGUGGGUAAAAACAUUUCAUUUACGGUCAGACGAAACGCCCGGAUGAACGUUCUUUUGUUGGGUUGUAGUGCAAAAACAUACGUAUUCGUCCGGAGAAGGUUCAACAAAGUGUGAUUCGUACAAAAGUUUUAGCUUCUAGAAUUACGUCAAGCAGCAAUGAAUUGUUCGUACGCUGCUCGAAAUGUUGCUCUUAUCGGUGACGACAGAUUCAUUAUCAUGGUGAUGAAAAAUGAAUAUCCAAUGAGCAGAAUAUGGCGUUCUUAUCAUGUACGGGGACGAGCAUAAAAACGCAUAAAAAUAUGGAAGUGAACGGAGGAAAAAAGGAAAGAAAAGAAAAGGAAGGAAAACCCAUUCAAAAAAUAACGUUGAAAAUGAGUUUAUGAUUGAAUAAUGGUGGUGGCGAGAUGUGGGUCAGUUUUUAUCUGGUGAGAUGGAAACAGGGGAAAUGGAGAAAAAACUUCCAAACGAAUGUUUGCUAAAUUUUUCACAAAAUUGGAUUUACUAAUCUCGGGGACGAAAGCUCCCAAUGAAAAUGAUACAAAGUGUUUGGUGGACGUUUGGAAAUCAGAAUGUUGGGAGGGAAAAAGAAAGUUGAUCCUUCGCUCUCCCUUUUGUCGAUAUCAAACGAAAACAGGAAAAAAGAAACGGAUGGCGACACAUCAAAGAAAGUGACAAUUUUAAGAGCAAAUCAAAAAUUUCAUUUCUUGAGUUGAUUAAUUUAAGCAAGUGCUUUCGUGUAGCUUACGUCUGGAGGAGGGAAAGUUUGUGUGAUUAACUUAAUGAGGUUUAUCAACAUCAUUAUUGGAUUCGGUAGGAAAUUACAGAGAAGAUCAUUUAUUUGCUUUACCUUUGAAUGCUUUCCUUUAAAGUCAUUACUCUAGAUUGCUUUAAACAGAUUUAGCUACGUUUUUUUUAUUAGAUUUGUCUGUAUUUUUGGAAGUUGAUAAAAAAUGUACAUGCUUUUAAACGACAGAGUUUAAAUUUACUAAAGUAUAGCUUCUGUAGUGUUUUUAAUAUGUUGCGCCCAAAUUUAUGCAACCGUUAUACAAAAUAUUUCAUUUAAGCAAAAUUGUUUGGAUACAUUCUUAAUGCCUACUGUAAAGCGAGCCCUCGAGGCGAGUUUAAAAAUUUAAUCGGAAACACAACCAUAUUUACGUCAAUUUGUUCUCGUUACCUUUCAACAAACGAAAGUGACGAUUUUAAUUUAAAAAAAACACAGCAAUAAAUAAACAAAUAAAUUGAUCUUAUUCCAGCAUUUAAAUUGCUAGAAUUGUUUGCUUUUGCAACCGUCACCUCACACAACUCCAUGUCAUUCUCAAGAUGUCAUAUAAAUAUUUUAGAAUUUUUACGUCGGUGACAGUUCGGUUAAACAUCCAUAGAUAAAUAGAAGACAAAAAACGACGAAAAGAAGGUUUUUUCCCCUUUCCUUUUGCACAUUAACGAGUUGACUGGAUCGAAAGCUUUCUAGCGUAUCAUACACAACAUCGACUAAGCCCCCCUCUGUCUCUUGUGCGAAAUUGCGCGCAUAUCCUUUUUUUUACAUACAGUAAGAAGAUUAACCCCAAUCAGCUUACGAUUGCUUUCGGCGUUAAUGGUAAAGCACCCCGAAGCCAGACAGUUCAAGGGCAUAUAAUCCCUUCGCCGAGAAGUUCACUUUCACUUCAAAUCCUUAACAGAUGGGUGUUGACUUGGGAAUACUGUAUAUGGCGAAAAAAAUAGAUAUAUUACACCACAUGCAAAUCAUACACCUGAAACAUGUGCUAUGUUGUGUUAAAAGGAAGCAAAAUUUAUCAUUCAACGUAGUUAAUCCGAUUCUUAUAACCCUCCGUGUACAUGUAAAAUUUCGGUGACAGAAGGUUACGUACAAGGAGGGUGUUUAGAUUGAAAAAAGUCCGCACCUGAAAUCGCUCGUUGCAGGUCGUUAGCAGAAAGUGAGAUUUGUUUGGACGUGUUCCAGAAGUGUGUGUGUCUGUGUUCUGGCGGGGCUUUGCAGUCUAAAUCCAAUCGUUAGAAAGGUGGAUACAGCGAGCUGUCAGCUGACGAGUGGAUGCUGUUUUUCGUGUGCUGAAAGCGUGUCACAGCAGGCGCACUACUGGAGGCGAUACGGCGCCAGUCACGGUCCAUAGCGGCACGCCGUGGACGUAAGGUUAAGUUUUCUGAAUGGACAGAUCAUCAUGAUAAUGAUGCACCGGAUGAAGCUCAAAGGGACGAGCCAGUAAGCGAGACAAGAGCGACAGAGUGAUCAACCUUGACCGUGCAGCUCGUUACUUAUCAUAUCGCAUCCUUCAUCGCCUGCUCGUUCGUUUUUUUUUUCUCUUUUUUUGGUCUGUUUCGUACGUUGUUGAUUUUUCAUUCGUUUGAAGAUGCAAUUGCAGUAAAGGAUUUCAAAGCUCGAUUUAUUGUAUCCUCUGUGUUUCCCCUGGUUUCGUGCGACCCACGUGGUUUUGUCAAGGAUGCGAGAAUGAUGUUGGAUUAAAUUAUAAAUGAAAGUGGUGAAGAAAAUGUGGGGCAAAACGACUCGAUGGAAAGUACAACGCUAAAGAGUAAACUGUUCAUCAAGAAUGAAAAAUCGGCUGCUCGACGUACGUCGACCCCGGAAUCCAUGACCCAGCGGGCAGCGGCCCAACGGGCCAGCGGACCGACAGCCGGCGAUGGAGACUCCACGACGGACCUGACGGCGGGAAUGGCCGGUGGGGGACCGAGUGGGGGCGGGAGUGCGGCGGCAACAACGAUGGCGUCCAACGAUCGUCGGGACACCAAGGUAGACAUCCCGCUCCCACCGUACAUGACGCCUUCGGCAGAGAAAUUUGCAGAUAAACGAGUUAAGAGACACAGCAUACACGGCAUGAUGGAGGAGGAAAAUGUGGUCCGACCCCAUCAGGAAAUUGCCGCCCUAUCGCUGGAGGAGAAAAAGUACUUGCUUGCGGUCGAGCGGGGUGAUGUCGCUACCACGAGAAGAAUACUGGAGAAAGCGGAAGCGGAAUCACACAUCAACAUCAACUGUGUCGAUCCGUUGGGCCGGUCCGCCCUGCUGAUGGCCAUCGAUAACGAAAAUCUCGAGAUGGUGGAACUGCUCAUCAAUCAUCGGGUGGACACGAAGGACGCUCUGUUGCACGCCAUCUCGGAGGAGUUUGUUGAAGCGGUGGAGGUGCUGCUAGACCACGAGGACAGCUGUCACAAGAAUGGUGAUCCUCAUAGUUGGGAAGCCUUACCACCAGAUACGGCUACCUUUACGCCGGACAUAACACCCCUUAUACUGGCUGCCCAUCGUGAUAAUUAUGAAAUAAUAAAAAUUCUGCUUGACCGCGGUGCCACACUGCCUAUGCCGCAUGACGUACGAUGUGGUUGUGAUGAUUGUGUUACUUCCCGACAGGAGGACUCGUUGCGUCACUCUCGAUCACGCAUAAACGCGUACCGAGCGCUGGCGAGUCCGUCCCUGGUAGCGCUGUCGUCGAAAGACCCCAUACUGACCGCUUUCGAAUUGAGCUGGGAGUUACGAAGGUUAAGCUUCCUGGAGCACGAGUUCAAGAAUGAGUACCAGGAACUUCGACGACAGUGUCAGGACUUUGCAACGGCACUUCUAGAUCACACGAGAUCUUCGCAUGAGCUGGAGGUACUGCUCAACCAUGACCCCACCGGACCGGCCUUUGAACAUGGCGAUCGGAUGCAUCUAAAUCGGUUAAAGCUUGCCGUAAAGCUACGCCAAAAGAAGUUCGUUUCACAUCCGAACGUGCAGCAGCUGCUGGCCAGCAUCUGGUACGAAGGGUUGCCGGGCUUCCGGAGGAAAAACAUGGCCCUGCAAGCAUUGGAAAUUGUGCGAAUAGGCAUCAUGUUUCCACUGUUUUCCUUCUCGUACAUCAUCGCACCACACUCGUCGCUCGGCCAAACGAUGCGUAAACCGUUCAUCAAGUUCAUCUGCCACAGUGCGUCGUAUUUCACCUUUUUAUUUCUACUUAUGCUGGCAUCGCAGCGCAUCGAGACGGUGAUGGGUGGCGUGUGGGGUGCGGAAGUGAGCCAGGAGCAUGACGAAGUGCCUACCAAGCGCGGUGCAAGCCCAACCCUGAUCGAGUGGCUCAUAUUGGCGUGGGUCAGCGGACUGAUCUGGAGCGAGGUAAAGCAGCUGUGGGACGUGGGCUUGCAGGAGUACGUAAACGAUAUGUGGAAUGUGAUAGACUUUGUGACCAACUCACUGUACGUGGCAACGGUAGCACUGCGAGUCGUUUCUUACUUCGAGGUCCAGAAGGAGAUGACGUACAACAAGUAUGCGGCAGACUUACCGCGCGAACGGUGGGACACCUGGGACCCGAUGCUAAUAUCCGAGGGCCUUUUCUCUGCGGCCAAUAUCUUCAGUUCCCUCAAGCUGGUGUACAUCUUUUCGGUCAAUCCACACCUUGGACCGUUGCAGGUAUCACUAUCCCGUAUGGUGAUGGACAUUAUGAAGUUCUUCUUCCUGUACGUGUUGGUACUGUUCGCGUUUAGCAGUGGUCUUAAUCAGCUUCUUUGGUAUUAUGCGGAUCUGGAGAAAAAACGUUGUCCUGAUGUGUCCAAUUCUAUCGGACCUAAUAUUACCUCCACGGAUCCAAACGCUUGUAUCGUGUGGCGACGAUUUGCUAAUCUGUUCGAAACAAUACAGACACUGUUCUGGGCCGUGUUUGGGCUAGUGGAUCUGGAAAACUUUGAGCUGGAUGGGAUCAAAAUCUUUACCCGUUUCUGGGGUAUGCUGAUGUUUGGGACGUACUCGGUGAUCAACAUUGUUGUGCUGCUGAACCUACUGAUCGCCAUGAUGAAUCACUCAUAUCAAUUAAUAUCGGAACGUGCUGAUGUCGAGUGGAAGUUUGCCCGUUCGAAGCUGUGGAUCAGCUACUUCGAGGAGGGCGGAACAUGUCCACCACCGUUUAACAUCAUCCCUACACCGAAGUCGCUGUUCUACAUCUUCCAGUGGGUGAAGCGAAAGUUUUGCGGUCACUCAAAGGCGGUAAAGAAGGAACACAUGAAAACGAUUCGACGGAAGGUAAAGCAGGCGAGCGAGCGGGACUUCCGCUAUCAGAGCAUCAUGCGCAAUCUGGUGCGCCGGUACGUUACGGUGGAGCAACGGAAGGCCGAAUCGCAGGGCGUCACCGAGGAUGAUGUGAACGAGAUCAAGCAGGACAUAUCGGCGUUCCGGUGCGAAUUGGUGGAGAUACUGAAGAACAGUGGCAUGAACACGGCCAUUGCUACAGGGCAGGGUAGUGGUGUGGGCGGUAAGAAGAACCGCCAGAAAGAGCGACGAUUGAUGAAGGGCUUCAAUAUAGCGCCACCGCCAGCCCCGGAAGCGGGACAGCAUCUAACGCCAGUGUCGGAAUUUAUUUCCCAACUUCCGGACCAUUCACCUCAUGAGCUAUUCGCAGGUGUCUUUGGACCGGGAUUAACCCCCAAGAAGGCACUGCAUCAGGUUAAUCCAAUGCAUCAGUAUUCGUCCCAAUCGCAGAGUUCCUUUGGCGAGAACAAUAAUCCUAUCCACAAGCUAGCUAAAUUGGCACCGAAAUUCAACUCCAAGAGUCGUCCCGGAUCACACAAGAAGCGUUGGGGCACUUUAAUUGAGGCCGCCAAACAUGGCAGUGUGUCCAAGUUUAUCGGUCGGUCACGAUCCGAAGACUCGGUGUGCAAUCACGGUCAAGGGAGAGGAGAGUCGGCCAGCCACAGUAACAGUCCCGCCUCGGACGAAGCCAUCACGGAAUCGCCGUCCGAUUCUAACCCAAGUCUUGAUCGGCCCGAUGUGGAACAGUGUCCCGAUCCACACAAAAACCACAAUCGCAAUCGGGACCGGCAUCAAGAUCGUCGGCAGCAUGGUGGAAGCGAUCGUACGACGCAGCACAGUGGCGGUGUUACGACGGCAAACGGGAAGAAUGGGCGCGAAGCGAAGGAACAUGCGCAUCACUAUCAUUUGCAUUUCGGUGCGCUGGCAGCACUGAAGCGCAAACGGAAAAAGUUCUCGAACAGCCGCAACUCUAGCCCGGUGCUGGAGCCACCAAGUGAGCUGCCGUUGGUGACGAAUACCGUCAACACCACGGGUAAUUCAAGCAGUAAGGUACUGAAACGUGCUUCCAGUGUACCGACGCGUGGUGCCAGUGAUGAACCGGAAGCAACCGUUAGCGUUCGACCAGCCCGCCACGAAGCAACGCAAAGCCAACAGCAUUCGAUCGAGCAUCAGCUCGAAGGUGCGGCACCAUUAACACCCUCCACCACGGAGGAAAGUGUUGACCAGCAGCCGGCGUCAGCCCAACCGCAGACCACUCUGGCAGUGCACAAGCACCAAAAGAUCAUACGCGGUAGAAACAGCUCCAACGAACCAUUGCUACGUCUGCAGGAGCAUCGUGAUAGUAGUGAUGGCGGCACGGCAGGUGUCUGCGAACCAUCCACUGGUGGUGGAACUGGGACGGGUGGUGGACCAUCGUCAGCCUCGUCCACGUUGCGCUCGGUACCGAAGAUACCGGGUGUGACGCCGUUACGGGGCCAUUUACACUCCCAGGGUUGGUUAUAGGCGAUGGCGAUGCAUCGAAACGCUGGCUACACUAGUUGUAUGUAAAUAUAGUUGAACAUCAAGUUGCAUUCAAUCGGCGUACGAGCAGGAAUGGUUGAACGCAACUCAUGGGCGAGAGUGUGUAAACUAGUCAAAAGCAUCAAUUCUAAACGAGGUGUACAAGUGAUGUGAGGUAGGGUUGAGUUGAAUGAGAAAUUAAAAUCUCUCCACUAUUCCGAUGACGCACAGCUGACGAUCAUUGGACGAUUGGUUGUCAGUAAUUCCUUCUGUUAGUGUUACUCCUCACAAAAGGGAUUAUACUUCGUAGGGCCUAAAUUGGGUGCGAACAAAAGAAAGAUAAACCACACUCGUGUCGAUCCUGUCAAGUUCUCCGCUCCGGAAGGUUAGGUUUCGCAAAUCUAAGCAAAUCUGGACAACCUUUGGGCGACGAAGCAGAGAUCGCAGACACGAUCGGACGAGAAACAGUUCGACCUGACGGAUCUGUGGUAGCUUUAAGGCAUGUAGGUUUAUAACGAUCACAUACAAUAAGGGACCAGGUCUCUUGGGGAAGUGCUAGCGCGUGCUAAGCGGCGGUCAGUGUAGCUGUUAAACUAUCAUUUGUUAUUCGCUAUUGGAAAUCGUACAGGAACACAGCAGUUGGCAAGGCAUACAUUGGUUGUCUUACCAUCUGGACGUGCUACCACUUGGACUCAUAUGCACAUUUAUGCAUUCUCUUUUAACCGGUAGUCGUCUAGAUAUGGUGUACGCAAGCGGGUAAGCAAGUCAAAAAAAAAAACCCGUACACCUUAAACUUCUCGAUACAUUUUAGCACGGUAAGAAAGACAUAAACCUACAAUCCGGUUAUCCGUACAGUGAGUUAAACAGAUAGAAUAUUACCAGAAGAGAAUAAUCAACAGUGGUUUAAAAAUGGAGCAAAAAUCGUUCAUGUAGAAAUGUUUCUGCAAAAGAAACCAAACAGAAAAUAGUAAAAGAAAAUCGAUAACAACAUUCAUUAAAGAGAAAACUUAACACAAGAAGUAAAAAGGAGGCCUUAUAAUAACAUGUAACACGAUAUAUAUAUGUAUCACUUAACAAAAACAGAAAAGAAAUGGAACAACUAAUGAUAACGUGCGUCAACUCGCUUUCAAAGACGACUAGACAUAACGAAACAUAUAAAAUGAAUUGAAAAACGAAAUUAGAGAAGCAAGAAAAUGUCGAUCAAAACCGUAUGAGAUAGUGAAACAAAACACAUGAGAAAAAAAACACCCAGUAAACAAUUUAAUAGCUAUAAUAGAAAGGUAACAAGUUCGGUAGGUAUAAACUUAAGGCAAGUAUAAAAAAAAACAUACGUAGACAACAGGAAACUAAAAGGUGGAUGAAUGGUUUGUUGAAUACAUGCAACCCAUCGUCUAAGUGUAGAAGAAAACAAGUAAAUAAGCACGAAUAAUAUAGUAGAAAACAAAGGAAAACAAAAAAUAUAAACUAUUAAAAGAAAUGUGAGGAAAACCGAAAGUGGGAUUCGUUUAAUCAAAACAAACAACUAAACAUGUAAACCUAAAAGAAGGAUUUGUGAAACGAACUGUAGAUAUAUGAAAGACGUUAGCAGAUUUAACUGGACAGAUGUAGAUGGAUUUGUUGACAGUAUGUGCAAUGUUUGUUGGUUUGUUUCGACACGAAGGGCGAAAACAGAUGUUGAAUUUUAGUGAGCAGGGAAUUGGUUAAACUAGCAAGAAGGUACGAAUAGAUAGGCAAAAGGGAAGGCGCUUGUCACAAAUUUCAUUCUUGUGAACAGGGACAGUGAAAGUGAAUUGUAAUAAAUAUCUAAUUUAUUUGAA